UCCUCAACGGUUCUCUAGAGCAGCUUUUCCACUGUGGUCAUUCUCUCACCUGGAGUCCAUGCACGCACUCAAAGUUCACACUGCCUGCGACUUCUAACACAUUUGAGGACUGCACUUCGGAUUGGGAUCAGUGGAAACAUGAUUGCUGCGAUUGUCAUCACCUUGUUGUGUUUCUGCUCGCUCCAUCCUACUUUUGGACAGGACUGCCCUAGUAGACAGGAAAUACAGGGCUCUCUAAAGCAAGUCCAGAAGCUUCUCUCAGCCCAUGAAGCCUCUUACUUGCAGAGUCUUCGCAACCUAAAGAAGAAAAUAAACCUGUUGCAGAGCAGCACGGGGAAGCAGACCACCAGAGCAAUCAACAGUACCUGCCCAAAACUGGACGCGCCUAUCAAUGGGAGGAAACUCGGCAAGUCACACGGCGUGGGCCAUGAGGUUCACGUUCUGUGUGACCCUGGUUAUGAGCUUGUUGGAUCAGAGAGCAGGGUUUGUCAAGAGAGCCUGACCUGGAGCGGCCAGCAGCCCACUUGCCGAGACAUCAAUGAGUGUGCAUCCUCUCCGUGCCAGAACGGUGGGACAUGUGUGGAUGAAGUGAACCACUUCUCUUGUGUCUGUGCCAAAGGCUGGGCUGGAGCUACCUGCCAGAGCCCCAUGCCAACAUUCUUUGUCACCAUGACAAACACCUCUGCCGCCACCUCCCCAGCCACCGCUGCUGCUGCUACCUUGCCGGCUGCCACCACUGGGCCCUUUGUCCGUCCAUCACGUUGCACUAUCGUGCAAGGGACCACCCACUGCACCUGUGAGCCAGGAUACACCAUCUCUGGCAGGGACAGCAACACCUGCACUGAUAUAGAUGAAUGUGAGCUGUUCCAUAAUGGCCAGGCUGGGAGACUGUGUUUACAUACUUGUGUUAACACUCCUGGAGGCUACCGCUGUUCCUGUCCCGUUGGAUACAAUGUGACCCGCGAUGGACGCAGCUGUAAAGAUAUUGAUGAGUGUGCCAUCAGACAGAACAACUGCACAAAGGACCAGAUGUGCAUUAAUACGUAUGGCGGUUUCCAGUGUAUCCGCGUGGACUGUCCCAAAAUCCCUAAUGCUACAUAUGUCAAGACGUCGCCUAUGCGUUGUGAACGUAACCCCUGUCCUGUGGACAACAAGGCAUGUUCUCAGACCCCAAAUUCCUUCUCCUACCAUUACCUGGCUGUAGUGUCCAACCUUUCAGCUCCUCGCGUCAUGUUCAGGGUCUCAGCAUUACGUCCAAUGGGUGACACGCUUCGCUUCUCCCUGCUGGGGGGAAGGCAAGCUCGGCGCCACUUCACAGUCCAGCGUUCAGACCGUGUGACAGGUCAGCUGAUGCUGGCGAGCCCCGUGCAGGGCCCUGCCACGCUGGAGGCAGAAGUGGAGAUGAGCGAGCUGGAGAGACGAGUCCAGCUGGGGAGGUACAUUACCAAAGUAACCAUGUUUGUUUCCCAGUAUGAGUUCUAGAAAGAGAGGGAUGAAAGUGGAAGCACACAUAGAGCACAAAGGCCAAAGAAAAGGGUUGUUUAGGAUUUAGCUAGGGACUCUAUAUUUGGUCAUGGAUGUGUGAUAAUCUGAUGUAUUGUGGUGACCAUCUGUGCUAAAGAAGUUGCUGCAGACAGGUCUUAAAACUGUAGUAAAGUCAUCAUGAACCAGCACAUGAACUCUCACGUGAUGGAUGGUUAACACCUGUCUUGCACUGCUGCGUGCAAUAAAUGUUUUAGAAUAUGGGUUCUUCAGGGGCAUUGGUGAUAAGCUACAGACAUGCAAAUUCAGGAAUGUAUCUUCGGAUUAAUUAUAUAAGAACAAGAGUUUUGUAUUGAUGAACUGAAACAUAUUUAUUGCACAAAAAUGAGAUAUGAAAGGUGAAUGACAUGAUGUAGCAAACAGUAAAACAGCAUUCAACUGGAGGAACCAGAACAUAUGUAGACAGUCCACCCUGAAAGAAAGUGCUAUUUUUGUAAAUGACAGUCCUGCUAUGUUGACAUUAUAUGUUAUGUAUACUGGAAAUGUAAUCAUAACUUGUGAAGAUUUUAUAAUUCUCUUUACUAUCAUGUUUUAUUUAUAUUCUGGUUUCAGUAAAACUAUUAUACAAUCAUUAAAACACCAUAUAAAGCC